AUUGUUGUUGGGGGAAGAGAAGCUCGGGCAGCUGCUGAGCUCUGCCACUUCCAAGUGCUUCUAAACAUUUGUGUCGAUCAGUCUCUGUCCUGGUCUCAGUAUAUAAAACACCUGGAGCCGGCUCCGCCGCCCUGGAUACCUGCCGGUUACUUUCAAAUUGUCGUCGGUUGAGCGCGAGCCGCGGCCGCCGUUGGAUGAGCGGACUGGAUGUGGAUUUAACUGUCGCUUCGCUCUGCAGGCCGCUCCGCCAUUGCUGCUGUUUUUAUAAGCUGAAUUCGUGAAAAUACAGAGUGUCUUUACUGCUUUCGAAAUGAAGAAAAAAGCUCGACCUCACCGCCCGGCAGUGCUGAAGAGAGACUCCUCUCCCAUCAAGCCGUCGCCUAACCGGGAGACGCUGACAUAUGCACAGGCUCAGAGGAUAGUGGAGCUGGAGGUGGACGGCCGCGUGCACCGCCUCAGCAUCUACGACAAGCUAGACGUCAUCACCGACGAUGACCCCACAGCUCAGGAGAUCAUGGAGUGUAACAGCAACAAGGAGAACAACGAGAAGCCCCAGCAGGUCCUGGUGCGCUCUGUGCGCCUCAAAAACAACCAGCAGAAGAAGAAUGCAGCGCUCACGGCCUCGCACGGCGCAAUCGGCACGCAUGGAAGUGCAAGUGGGCUGUUGGAGCCAAAGGUUAGAACGGUUGAAUACAAUCUGCCGGUGGUGCCUAAGAGGCCGGCAGUGUAUUACAAAUACACUGAGAGGACGGCGGAGGAGCUUGACGAGGAGGUGGAGUACGACAUGGACGAGGAGGACUAUGCCUGGUUGGAAUUAAUCAACGAGAAGAGGAAGAGCGAGGGCAUCAGCCAAGUGUCGCACAACCUGUUUGAGUUCCUCAUGGACCGCUUCGAGAAAGAGUCAUUCUCAGCCACGCAGGGCCAGAGCGACCUGCAGUCGCUGGUGGACGAGGACGCGGUCUGCUGCAUCUGCAUGGACGGAGACGGAGCAGACAGCAACGUCAUCCUCUUCUGUGACUCCUGCAACAUCGCCGUGCACCAGGAGUGCUACGGCGUGCCGUACAUCCCAGAAGGACAGUGGCUGUGCAGACACUGCCUGCAGUGCCCGUCGCGGCCCGCUGAGUGCGUCUUCUGUCCCAACCGAGGCGGUGCCCUGAAGAAGACAGACGACGACCGCUGGGGUCAUGUAGCGUGCGCUCUGUGGGUGCCCGAGGUCGGCUUCUCUGACACGGUUUUCAUUGAGCCCAUCGAUGGCGUCCGCAAUAUCCCACCAGCCCGCUGGAAGCUCACCUGUUACCUGUGUAAAGAGAAGGGCACGGGAGCUUGCAUCCAGUGCGAUAAGAUCAACUGUUACACCGCCUUCCACGUCAGCUGCGCCCAAAAGGCCGGCCUGUACAUGAAGAUGGAGCCUGUGAAAGAGGUGACGUCGUCCGGCGCCGCCACCUUCUCUGUGAAAAAGACCGCCUACUGCUGCAGCCACACGCCUGAAGGCUGCGACCGCCGGCCGCUCAACAUCUACGAAGAGCCGCACCCGAAAAAUGGAGCCUGUCACAAGAGGAACGACAAGAGGGGGAAGGCCAGGGCCAAGGGCUGGCAGAAGAAGAAGAGUAAGAGAACGGAGCCCGAACCUGAACCUGAACCCGAGACCCCCACCAACUCUGGGCCCAGUAUCACCGCUUCAAGUUUCGACACCAUCCUGAACCAGGUGGCGGUUCAGAGGAAGCGUGUGUUCGUCGAGCGGGUGCUGAGCUACUGGGUGCAGAAGAGGCAGUCGAGGAACAACGUGCCGCUGAUCCGCCGGCUACAGGCCAACCCUCAGCCACCCAAAGCCAAGCAGAUGGACCGUAUGGAGACAAACCAGGCACUGAAGGAGCAGCUGAAGGAGUGGCACCGCCUCCGCCACGACCUGGAGCGAGCUCGCCUGCUGCUGGAGCUCAUCAGGAAGAGAGAGAAGCUGAAGAGAGAGGAGAUGAAGCAGCAACAGUCGGUGCUGGAGGUCCAGUUGACCCCCUUCAACAUCCUGCUGAGAGCUGUGCUCAGUCAGCUGCAGGAGAAGGACCAGUACAGCAUCUUCGCUCAGCCCGUCAGCAUCAAGGAGGUUCCUGACUACCUGGACCACAUCAAGAACCCCAUGGACUUCUCCACCAUGAGGAAACGGAUCGACGCUCACGAGUACAAGAGCCUGGAGGACUUUGAGGAUGACUUCAACCUCAUCAUCGACAACUGCAUGUCGUACAACGCCAAGGACACGUUCUUCUACAGGGCAGCUCAGCGCAUGCAGGACCACGGAGGAGUCAUCCUCCGCAGGGCCCGCAGAGAGGCGGACAGAAUCGGGUUUGACUUUGCCAGCGGGUUGCAUCUGCCCGAAGCCCCAAAACUGGAGACGCCGCCCCCGUUCUCCUGGGAAGAAGUGGACCGCCUGCUGAGCCCAGCCUACCGUCGGCUCACCCCUCUGGAGGAUCAGCUGAAGGAGCUGCUGGAGAAGCUGGACCUGAGCACGGCCAUGAAGCACAGCCCGUCCCGCAGCAAGAGGCUCAAACUGCUGAAGAAGACGAUCAUGGAGGUCCGCAGCGAAAUGAGCCUGAAGAAGUCCCUCCCAACGACGCUAUCCACCACCUCGGAGCCUGACCCGACCCUCCCCGAAUCAGAGGAGAAACCACUACCUGAACCCCUGGCAGAGCCCUGUAUGAAACAGGAGGACAAGUCUUUACCUCCGCCAACGUUAGAGUUGUUAACCUCACUGUCACAGCUCAACACCUCACCCAGCAAUUCAGAACCCCCUCCUCUGAAGGCCAUCAAACCCAGCGUGGACCACACUCCCAUGGAGCUCGAUGGCGACACAGACACGUCUACCUCAGUGUCCCCAGACACCCCGAAUGGGCACAUCACAGACCCACUGCUCCUCAACGGCGACUCCCACACCGAAGCCUCUGGCACCUGCAACCGACGGACCAACAACCUCCUCCGCAAGUCCAAGAGCACCAGCCCUCAGAAACCACCCAAGACCCAAGAGGCAUCCUCUGCGUCACCGCCACCCCUAGGUGCUAAAACCUUCCUGUCAGUGGUGAUCCCUCGACUGGAGACGCUCCUCCUGCCGAAGAAAAGAACACGCAGCAGCAGCGCAGACGGCGAGGAGGAGGACGAGGAGUCGCCAAUUAAACGCCUCGGUACAGGAAUAGCGAACGGCUUCGUGGUGGAGGAGGAGGAAAUUACGCCGUCUCCCCGCUUGCUGGAGCCUCGCAGGCGCUGCGCCUCAGAGUCGAGCAUCUCCUCCAGCGGAAGCGUCCUCUGCGGCACGAGCACCGUCAUCCUGCCUAGAAACGGUAAAGGGCGGCUGGCGGCUGCUCGACGGAGCACGGUGGACGACAAAAGCACUCUGAUGACCUGCAUCGAGAACGGAGAGUUCACCGAAGCCACCAAGAUUUCUUCAGAGGUGUGGAAGCCCACCGCUGCUUCUCCACUUGUUCUGGAGCCUCUUAAACUAGUUUGGGCUAAAUGUAGUGGAUAUCCCUCCUACCCCGCCCUGAUCAUGGAGCCCAGAGUCCGGAGGACGGUGUCUCAUCACAACGGGGUGGAGCUUCCCCUGCCGCCGGUGGACGUUCUCAGAGCAGGAGAGCGGAUGCAGUUCAGGUCCGCAGAGAAACUCUUCCUCGUCCACUUCUUCGACAGCAAGCGCAGCUGGCAAUGGCUUCCUAGAUCCAAGAUGGCUCCCUUCGGGGUCAACCAGACGCUCGACAAAAUCAAGCUGACGGAGGCUCGCUCCUCCUGGAUCCGAAAAGCUGUGCGGCUCGCCUUCGACAGAGCCAUGAACCACCUGAACCGUGUCAACGGCGAGCUGGAGCAGAGCGCCGGCCUCGCCGUCACGGACAAAACACCCCCCCCAUCCCAUUCUCCACACCCACACCUCUUCUGAAAUCCUCCCAUCAUCCAUUUCUUCGUUGUCCUUUCAGCUUUUUUGUUUUGAACACCGUCACAACAGAGACGCUUCGUUUCUGCUUCGUACGCACAACAAACACACAUUUGUCAUGUUUACCAUUUCCUGCAAACUGGAUCGUUUUCAUGUCUCCCCAAACUUCUGCACCCCCCCCCUCCACGUCGGAAAUACUGUAGCUUGUGAAGGCCAUCUUGUUUUGUCAAAGAGCUAUGCAAAGAAAACGACUCGGUUAGCGGGUGCAAAAAAAAAAAAAAAAAAAAUCAAACCUGGGCUGUGAGGACCGAAAAAUCACAGGUCUAUACCUGUUGAAUGUGUCAGAGCUUGACCUCUGACCUCCUUAAAUGUGCUGCAAGACUGCUGCAACAGUUUCACUGCCACAAAAAAAUGUCCACCAGUGUGCGUGUGACUGCAGCAGCUCAUGUAAAUAUCCUGUAAAAGGCCUGACACUAAUUUAUUCACUCCCUCAGUUCUUUUUGGUACACGGUGUUCAGAUAUUUAUACAGUCGGAGGUGAUGAUCCACGUUGUCGCCGACACUGAUGGUGUCGGUCUUUCUGCUGGUGCUAUCUCUACAGAGAGAGAAAAAAAACAAACAUGCAUACUGUAAUGAACAUUUUUAUUUCAGCUCCUUUUUUACGGUUUUUGUAAGUUAUUGAGUUCUCAAGCUUCAAGUUCUCUCGUCUUUGGCAUUAAUUUUUUUGUGUCUGUGUGCAUCUUUUUUUUUUUUUUUUACCUGAAUGUUUUUACUGGACUACUUUUUUUUUUGUUUGUACAUAUUUAUAUAAAAUCUAUAUAGAUGCUCUCAAAAGUAUAAAAUGCCUAAAGUGCAUCAUUCACACCAAAACCAAAAAAUCUGCUGCCCACAAGUUUCCCACUAAUGUGUUUGUUUGUUUUUUUGUUUUUUGUUUUUUACAGUUCAGUCGUUUUUCAGAUAUUCUGCCUUUUUUGUUUGUGUGCCGUGGUGAGUUCAUGUCUUCUGUAAAACGUCACAGAAUCAUCUUUUCCACCUAAACUGAACUACAGUCAGCUGUAGGAGAGAAGAGAAUGUGCCUGUACUAAUUUAUUGUAAAGCAGAAAAUGUAUAUGCAUUACUUUAUAGAAAGAGUAUUGUAAGAAAAUACUACGGGCACACGAGGAGCCACAUGUUAGAGGCCCUUCCUCUUCUGUUUUGUGAGUUUUUUUUUUAUUUAGUUUUUUUUUAUUUUCAUGAACUAAUAGCAUUAAAUCUGAGAGGUGAGGUGAUAGUGUUUGAUGUUUUUAUUUGAUUUUUUUUCUUUUUCUUUUUAAUGGCAGGGUAGCGAUGGGUAGACUUCCUGUUUUGUUUGGCCCCUCUGGAUGUGGAUGUUGUGUGUAAAUAGAUUUGGUACUUUAGAUGAUUCUCUGGGAAAAACCACAGUUAUAGCCAAUGGGAGCGGAAACCAGCCGACAGCAGGCCGGUGGGAUUUUUAUACUAAAACACUGAAAAAUUAAAAUAUGUUAUUGAAUCACUGA